CUGAAAUGCUCUCCCCAAUUCGCUCAAAAUUACAAUAUCUGCAAGUUCAACGGUUUUUAGUCACAUUAAGCGAUGCGUACUCGAAAAAAGUAAACGAAGGGACACUUAAAGAAGACGAUUAUCAGAGAAAAAUGAUUGUUGAUUUCGAACGAUUGCGGAAAGAAAUCGAAUCAUAUCAACCAACGAACAAGUCUAAUAUAUCAGAAAAAUCAAGUUCAAGAUUCUGGAAAAUGUUUCAAAAUUCUAAAGUAGAUACUCCAAAAAUUAUAUCACCACGUGGAAUUUACUUGUAUGGUUCAGUUGGAUGCGGGAAAACAAUGCUCAUGGAUUUAUUUUUUGAAAAUUGUCCGAUAGAUAAAAAACGACGGGUUCAUUUUAAUGAUUUUAUGCAAAAUGUACAUAAAAGAAUGCACGAACUCAAAAUGCAGAGUAAUAAAGCUCGUGGAAAAUUUGAUCCUGUACCAGUUAUUGUCGAUGAAAUUAUGGAAACGACGAAUUUAUUGUGUUUUGAUGAGUUUCAGGUCACAGAUAUUGCCGACGCAAUGAUUCUAAAACGAUUCUUCUCAAUGUUAUUUGAUCGUGGUCUUGUAAUGGUUGCAACUUCAAAUCGAGCACCUUCAGAACUUUACAAAAAUGGUCUUCAGCGACAUCAGUUCAUGCCUUUCAUCACUAUUUUAGAAGAUAAAUGUGCAUCUCUUGCUUUGGAUUCUGGAAUGGAUUACCGUCGCAGUGCAGCUGGAGACGGAAAUCAUGUUUAUUUCAGUUCAGAAGAUUCUAAUACACAAUGUGACAUAGUUUUCAAACAAUCUGCAGCUAAUGAGAAUGAUACUGUACGUUCGAAAACUCUCGAAAUCUUGGGACGUCGAGUGAUCGUCGAGAAAUGUUGUGGUGGAGUUGCUGAUGUGGAUUUCAAAGAGCUCUGCAUGACAGCGAAGGGAGCAGUUGAUUAUCUUGUUUAUGCACGAGUAUUUCAUACAGUUAUUGUAAGAAAUAUUCCAAUUAUGAACCAAGAUAUGUGGAAUGCUAUGAGACGAUUCAUCACAAUGAUUGACACAUUUUAUGAUCAGAAGGUCCGUGUUGUAAUUGGAGCAGCUGCUCCUUUAGAUGAGCUCUUUCAAUUUGAAGGACACAAUACUUCUCACGACGCUCUAAGUGACUCAAAACGAAUGCUCAUGGAUGAUCUGGGUAUCAAAUCUGAUCAUGAAGGAAUGAGCGCAAAUGUGUUCAGUGGAGAUGAAGAAGCAUUCGCCUACAGUAGGACAGUAUCCAGAUUGUAUGAGAUGCAAACAGAAAAAUAUAGGAGACAGCGAAGACCUUAUAAUGCUACUGAAGAUUCUAUUUAGGAUUUUGAAAUUUUAUUUUUUCGUCUUAGAAUUUCCAUUCUUCAACAUCUACUCUAAAAUACAAUCAAUUGCUUUUCUUCUAGUUUCAGUUUUUGAAAUUUUUUAAAGGAUUUUACUUUUUUCUUAUAGUUCCCGCUUGUCUCACUCCCGCUAGUGUACUUUCUCGGUUUUUUUUCUGUUUAACAUGGAUUAUUGAUGUUAUAGAAACUUUAUUAUGUAUUGUACCCCGGUGAAUAAAAUAUAUUUCUAGUU